CAUAGACUAUAAGAAGAGGACACGGAGCUCAUGUUUUUCUUCAAAUUGAAAGGACAGUGUGCAUAUAUAUCUAAAUUGAAGUUCAAGAUAUCUAGUAGUUAGCCAUGGAGAGCUUGGAUCAGAGGCUUGUGUCAAGCUGGUUUCAUGGCCAUUCCUCCGUGCCUCCAACUUAUGUUCAACCCCUUGAAAGCAGGCCUGGCUGCAGGUUCAUGAGCCCUUCAUGUAUGUCAAUUCCUGUUAUUGAUCUUGGAGAUCGACACAAUGAUCGCGCGGAUACCAUAAAACACAUUUUGAAAGCCUCCGAGCAGUACGGCUUUUUUCAGGUGAUCAAUCAUAGAGUUUCCAAGGAUUUAGUGGAGGAAACGCUAAACGUUUUUAAAGAAUUCCAUGCUAUGCCUCCAAAGGAAAAGGUAAAUGAAUGUUCUAAGGAUCCAAUUGGAAGGUGCAAGAUGUAUACAAGUAGUGAGAAUUAUGAGAAAGAUGCAAUUAAAUAUUGGAAGGACUCAUUAACACACCCUUGUCCUCCUUCGGGGGAAUACAUGCAGUACUGGCCUGAUAAACCAACCAAAUACCGUGAGGUGGUUGGAAAAUAUACACAAGAAAUGAGGAAACUUGGACAUGAGAUUUUGGAGCUAUUAAGUGAAGGAUUAGGGCUUGAUCCAAGUUAUUUCCACGGUAAACUUAGUAAAAACCCGCAAGUGCUACAACAUCACUACCCUCCAUGCCCUGAGCCAAGCUUAACCUUGGGCAUAGCCAAGCACCGUGACACUUCCAUUAUCACCAUUCUACUUCAAGAGCAAGACGUGCAGGGACUUCAAGUCCUCAAGGAUGGAGAAUGGCUUCGAGUUGACCCUAUUCCCAACGCUUUUGUGGUUAACAUUGGUCUACUCUUGCAGGUAAUCAGUAAUGGAAGGCUUGUCGGUGCGGAACACCGGGUUGUGACAAAUUCGACCAUGGCACGCACAAGUGUUGCUUAUUUCAUCUAUCCAUCACUAAAAACCAUCAUAGAACCUGCACAAUGUUUGCUGAAUAAUGGAACCACUUUGCCAAUGUACAAAUCCAUGCCAUUUGGAGAGUUUCGUACAAGCUUCUUAGCCAAGUUCCCCAAGUUUGAAGAAGAAUUGCGGUUUAAAUAGAAAAAUGUAAAUGAUGCAAGAUAAGACAAACUUGUGGAUUAUGAACGUGUAAAGUUCAAACUAGCUAUAAGAUAAACUAGUGUACUCGUGUGAA